AAUAACGGUACACUCCAAUAUUUAUGGAGCCGACCUCCGCAUUUAACCGCACCGUACCAGCGUCUCCCGUUGUGAUGAAUACGUGAGCUGAAGCGUGCUGAAACGGACGCAGAGAGCAGCGUUUAAGGAGCUGACGAAAACAAGCGGUCCACCAUUGUCUGCGUAGAAAUAAGAAUGGCCUGGAUGUGGAAGAGGAAGUCUGUGAUCGCCACCAGUCUCAUUGUGGUGGUGUCGCUCUUUGUGGUCGUGGUGAACUAUUCGGAGAAGCCCUACUUCCUCCUGCAGCCUGUGUUUGGCCAGACGUUCAGCAGUCACUGGAUGUUCUCCAAGCAGCCGUACAAGGCGUACAAACCCCACCUGGGCUAUGUUAGCAUCCCCAAACAGGAGCCUCUGAAACUGCACUGUGAGAUCUGCAGCAUCGUCUCCAGCUCUGGUCAGAUGCUGGGCCAGGCUGCAGGCCCACAGAUCGACCGCUCUCCGUGCAUCUGGCGAAUGAAUAACGCGCCAACACGAGGCUUCGAAAAUGACGUGGGCAAACGGACCACGCUGAGAGUCGUCUCACACACCAGCGUCCCCCUGCUGCUCCAGAAGCCCCAAUACUUCUUCGGCCAGGGCAAUGACACCGUCUACGUUGUUUGGGGGCCGCUUCGAAACAUGAGGAAAGACGGGAAAGGAAUCGUGUACAACAUGCUGCGACAGGCGGCUGAGAACUACCCUCAUGCACGCAUAUAUGUCACUACAGAGGACAGAAUGAACUACUGUGACAUGGUCUUCAAGAAGGAGACGGGCAAAGACAGGAUCCAGUCGGGCUCCUACCUCAGCACAGGCUGGUUCACGCUCAUCCUCGCCAUGGACAUGUGCAAAGAGAUCCAUAUCUACGGCAUGAUAAAUGACACCUACUGCAAGACGGAGGGUUACCGAAAGGUGCCGUACCACUACUAUGAGGCGGGCAGCCGGGACGAGUGUGCAGAGUAUCAGCUCCAUGAGAGCGCCCCCUACGGCGGCCACCGCUUCAUCACAGAGAAAUCCGUGUUCGCCAAGUGGGCCAAAACUCACGCCAUCAAGUUCUUCAACCCACCCUGGCAGCUGUCGUGACCCUGGCUGAACCAACAAGGAAAUAAAACUCAACCGCUACCAUCAUCAUCAUCAUUUUCAUUACCUGGGGACACGCUGAACCUCUACACCGACAGAAACGUUCCCUAACAUGCCGAUAACAACACAUUUUCAGCACAAACUUCACCGCAUAUCUAUUCAUAAAGGAUGGUUAAGAUGUGUUUGUAAAGUCCUGGAGUAAAAAAACUGUAUUGUUGGACUCAUUCAGGCAGUAAAAUCUGAAAAAAAUCUUGGAAAUGAAAACUUUUUCUUGAAUUUGAGAGCUUUAGGGAGAGAGAGAGCACCACACGCCACUCUUCACUGACGAAUCGAUCCAUCCGCUGCUCUGUGAGUUUAGCAAAGAAGCUCUCGAAGACUAACUUUUAGAAAAGAGAGUAAACAGCAUGAAGCAGAAAAGAACCAUCUGUCACCUCGCAGUGACCUAAGCAGCCCAUGUGUCCUGAGGCACUGGAUUUACAUGUACUUUUUCUAAGACUGGAGCUGAAGAAGAGCCUGGCAGCUGCAGAGACCAGUCCUGUUGCCAUGGACGUCUGACGAGCUCGCCUACAACUGUUUCCUCUGCUUGUCAGUCUUCUCCUGUCAGCCUGUAAUUAAUCUAUGACAAGACUCGUCCAGGCUUUCAUCUCUGACAGACAGAGAGUUGGAGGAAGGUUUUAAUUUGCUUCCAUGCAGAAGCACCAGCAAACAAGGAUUUGGGAAAAGAAAGGGAGCAGAAAAGCGGGCGUGUAGACUUGAUUCAGACUUUUUUUUUUUUUACUUGAAGCUUGCUUGUUUUGAUGUGUGUUAACUCACACAACUUAAAGAUGUCAGCUUCUUUUCUUUCACGAUGCUGUGAAACUGAAUUUUUGAAGAGAUGUUUUGGUGUUGGCUUGAUAUCCGGAUGAAUUGCUUAUUUAUUUUGCAGACUCUCUAGCAGUUUGUGUAUGUGUGUGCCAUCAACAAUGUGAGCAUCACAGCACAUGGAGCAAUGUGCAAUUAGAAACUCCAUCCUCACAGAAAGGAGUUAAAUCAUUUGUGACCCCGCGGAGGGAGAGAUUUAUGUGUGCAGUGAAACCAUUUGAAGUUAAUUGUAUUCUAUUAUCAUUCUGUGCCUGCAAUAUACUGUGCAGUUCAUUGUGAGGAAGACGCAGGAAGAUGCUCGGCGUCUCUCCUGUUCAUUUUCUCAUGCAGCUUUUGUGCCUCUUUGUGUACAGUACCACUGUGUGAAUGCAGCCUCACGUUUGUCUUUGGAUGCGGCGGGCCAUUCCCUUGGCUCGGACCAUUACAUCUGAAUACAUCGGUUCCAGGACGCUGAGGAAUAAUCAGAGAAAUGCUGAGGUGUGUGGGCUGUCUGGUAGCUGUGGAGGGUUGAGACGCGAGGGCUGUGACUGUGACCCCCCUGCCCGUGGCUGUGAUCAGCCCAGAGGAGCGGACUGAAAGGAUUCAAAGACUUCUUAUAUUCAGAAGAGCUGCUGUACAGGGUCCCUGACGACUGUAAUGUACUGUAGCUGAGCUUCACAGUCUCACUCCUACUGCAGAGCACUGUUCACUUUCACACACAAGCACUCCUUGAGGGGCUUUUUUCCUUCACUGAGCAUCCUUUUGGUGGUUUGCAGGCCAAAACACAAAGUUUUAACUAACAGGAUCUAUCUUGACAGGGCUUUACUCACCACCAAGGACUCUGAAAAGAAUCAGUCUUAAUUUAGACAAGUUUACGAGGAUUGUAAGAGCCAAUGAUGCCAUUUUUAUUUAAGAAUUGUAGGAUCUAGAGGCCAAUAAUUAAGUUAAGCUUUUAUUCUCCAUAACUGAAAAUCAUGGCUUUGCAGAAGGCUUCAGAAAAGAACUAAGAUCAACAUGAUUGGUAUCAAAAUGUAAAACAAGUCUGGAGCAGCCUUUUCCAAACUUCAGUAUGCUGCAGUAUGCUGCCGACCUAAAGCCCGAGAAUCUUCUGGGGGCCCCCAAAAACACUUGUACAACCACAACAUGAGAAUCAAACAUUUAACUUUUACUCAUCAUAUUUUUCUUUUAUAAAAAGGGAAUUUUCAGUGCAGGUGCUUUGCUUUCAGAUACAUUCCCAAAAUGCUCUUGGGUUCACUUUAUGGAAGCAAAUAGAGUUUUUAUUUCUGAUCAGGCAUCUGCAAAGGAUUGUCUUUUCUAUGUACUUUGUGGCAUAGCAAAUUCUACCCAAGUAGCAUUAAUUUCUCCAAAGACAUUGAUGACUUCUUAGUAUCAGGAAAUGAGUGGCAUAGUGGAACAUUAAAUGGAGUGUCACUAGCUAAUCCAACAUCAUAAAAACCCAGAUAUAUAGAAUUCCAGAAUAAAAGUAAAGGCAAAGAAUAAAACCUCAGAAUAUCCUCGACCAGUCCAGGCAACACAGGAACCCAACCACAUAAAAUGAGACCUAAGGACCAGAAAUGUAAGAGCAUUUAAAAUAUUAGGAAGAGACUGAAACAAAUAGAAAUCAAAACAGUAACCACAUUAUGAAAACUAUGAAAAUGUGUUGAGAUCAAUAAAUCACAAUACAAAACUUUGAAGGCUGGAAACUGUAAAAUAUUACUCAUAAUAAUAAUAAUAAUAAUAAUAAUAAUAAUAAUAAUCAAGUAGAACAGAUACAACAGCAGAAAGAGGUUAAAACAAUAAAAUUAGAGGGAGGGGGUAAAAGCUCUGAAAUCAAUCAAAUAGGAGACGUGGAGACAUAGCAUUAAGAAUUAAAAGCAUAAAAACAAAGAACAGAAAAGCAGACCUAAAAGCUAAAGGACAAAUUUGAGGAAGAAGAGAAUUUAAGAGAGAGAACUGAUGAAAAAAAAGAGGAAGGAGACAGAAGACGACAUCACAUUAAAGCAAAUCAACAAAAAUGAGUUUUAAGAAGUGAUUUUCAAAGAUGUCACUGAUUUCACAUGCCUUAUCUCCUGGGGCAGGUCGUUCCAAAGUUGAGGGACCCUGACAGAGAAGGCCCUGUCACCUUUAGUUUUAGGCCAAGACCCUGUUUUAACCACAAUGUUUCAGGUGAAAACGCAAAACCUUUGUAGCAUUUUAAAAACGGAACGAUUUGGAAACGAGCCCCAGAGUGAGAGUUUUUCAAAAUGCCCCCGUCUCCAUGUAAACAGGGAAAACAACACUUUCUGAAAACACUUUCCAUGUUAAGGUUGAAAAAGAUAGUUUUAAUCACUUCUAAGAUGCAGAUAAAACUGAAAAAGGGAAAAUAGUUAUAUUGUUCUGUGAAGGCUAUGCUUUUCCCGCUGCACUUAAGCAGGGAGCACUGCACUCUCAGAGAAAAUCCACGAGAAAUUAAAGGCUGUAAGAGAAAGAUGUGUCCACAGAAAAUUAAACAGUCUUAAAGGACAUCUUUGUUAUAACAAGACUGGUCUAGCAAAGCAUUUUUGUGUUAAUAUGUGCCGUGAAAUUCCGCUGCUGUGCUACGAUUGUGAUGAGGAGGAGGAUUAAUGAUGAAUUCCUCUCGUGCCCAUGUGUAUGAUAAAAAUGUUACACGUCAUGAAAAAACAUGAAAAACAGUAAUGUGCAGUACUGUCCUUGUUGUAGAGACAGAUUUAAUGUGCAGUAAAGUGAUUUACUACAGUGUUUUUGUGUUUCCUGCAGUCUCAUGUAGACAGAAAAUGUUUUUAAUUAAAACAUUGCCUUCAAGUAAAACUAUUUGAAAACAGAAACAGAAAGCGAAGUAGAACGAUGUCAUGUUAACAAGGCCUAAAGCUGCAGCCUGGCUCAUAGGGGGUUGAAAGUAACCUGGAGCCAGACACUUAAGUGCUCUAAAAUUGAUGAGUAAAAUCUUAAAAUCAAUUUUUAAACUGUCAGGGAGCUAGUGUAAAGAAAGGAAGCAAACGAUGUUCAUAUGACAAAAGGCGAGACUUCCUCUAUUUUCAUCAAAGAUUAGUCUAAGUAGAGAACUUCCUGUCACUAUGUCCUGCCGCUCUAGUUUUUCUUUCCACAACACAUUUCAAAUAACCAAAGCUGCAUGUUUUUAUGUAACAUGUCUCUCUGCAACUGCUCUAAAAAGAGCAACAGAAUAACUUUGAUUCAUGUAUUGUGUUUAGAAAAUUGUACCCUGACAAAGUUUAGCCGUCCAAUUUGCCCAAUCCCGUGUUCUUCAAAUCUAGUGAAAACAAACAAAAAAGUGGAGAUAAGCUUUCAUUAUUUUCCUGAUUAUUUUUACAUCCGGAAAACUAUUUUGUUGCAAAGACGUGAAUGAACUUUUCAAGCAGCUUUAAUCCAAACUGUUUAUUGAGACAGCUGAAAGUCCUUAAAAACCUCUGAGAAAGCUCAUUUCCUCCGGUUUAACUCAGAUUUUUAUUUGGCCUGCAAACAACCAAGCCUUGCACUCUGGAUCUUUUUCUGACAGUUGUAUGAUCAGAAACAUAUUCAGCUAUCUGGAACAGGAAAAAUUUGAUCUCUCUUUCAUUUUCCAGACACAUUCAGGCACCCCCACGGCCUACAAAGAGCAUCCUACAGCUCAGACUCAUUGUGAGUCAACCUUUCUGACAAGAGUGUCAUCAAAAUGUAAAAGCAGCCUGUUUUAAAUUUUAAAUUCCUCCCGGUGUAGCUCGGCAGAGGUGAGACACCUCUAACACAGGCGGGGUCGUGGUUCCUGUUUCCCUUUGGGACAACUCGGCUGCAGACGUUUCAGCUCCGUGUGAUCAAAGCCACAUCAUCUAUGUAGAGUUUUAUUUUUCCUGUUCGGGACGCCUGAGGAUAAGAUCUGCUCCUAGGGAAGAGUAGAAAUUAUUUCUCUGUUCCAGUGGGAAAACACUUAGCCCUCUAAGAGUGAGGUUCACACAGUAUGCCAUGCAUGUAACAUGAUUAAAACACAUUUUACUACAUUUACACUCAGCCUGUGAUUGUGCAGUUAACUGGCAGCUCUCCACCAAUCAGAUUUACCUCUGCUGUACAGUUUUCCCACCACUAAUUGUAAAGCGCUUCACACUAAGAUAAGAGAUUACAUUUUUGCUGGAAGACAUUAUUUGUAAUGCCAUGACUUUUAGGUGUUUUAAUUGUUUGCUCACAAGCAGAAAAAAACACUAGAAACCUUUCCUCCUCAUUUUAUUGAUUUUUUCCCUUAUUAAUGUUUUAUUUUUUUAUUCUGUUGAUUCAGUGGUUUGUGUGCAGCUUUUUUUUUUUUGCUGCAGGACGUGUGUUGCCAACAUUUUCUGCUGCUUCAGGCAGGGCUCUCAGUUGUUUUCUGAUCAACAAACACUGCAUUGUUCUCAGCCUGGAGACGCUGUAAUGAUGCCCACCCAUGUAUUAUACAGUACAUUAUGGAGAAUCUGCCCUCCUAUAGGCUCCCAUGAAUCAUCUAUGGCUCGCAGGAGCAGGAGCAGACACAUUCACUGUGAAUAAGUAACAGCAUGAAUAAAAGUGAGAGCAGUGAGGGAGGCAUAACAUCCUGUUCUUUUAUUUUCAGGGGUGUUUCAUUUUUAUUUCAAAGAGUUUUUUUAAAUCCGAUUAAUCACUUUCUCACCAGGAGUAACAGGGGAAGUGACGACGGCACCACUCUCAUAUAUGCGUAUUAAUUUUGAGCUAAAGCCAGCAGUUGGUUAGCUUAGCCGAGAAAAUCUUGUAGUUUAGUUUGGCUCAAAGACAACAAAUCAAGGACAAAAAGUAGCUUUGAUUAACAGUAACAGAACUCACCUGAAGAUGACUCUAAAGCUCAUGGUCUUAUAGAUGUGAAACAAGACAUCGAAACUAGGAAUGCACCGAUGCUGCAGUUAAAUAUCAGGACAGACAUCUGCAACUAAUUUAGGCUGGCCUUACACCACAGGACUUUGUCAAAACUGAAAAAAAGCUCUUAUCUGAGACCCUCUCACAUCUAAAGACAAUUUGUCGGCUGACUUAAAUUAGACUUUGCAAAUGCACAUGGGUAUGAACUUAAAUUGAACCAAAUAGAUCAGCUGAGGUCAGGAUAACAGCUGAAUUGUGCAUGCUUGCGUGCAUAAAGGUGACAACAUUCUCAAACUCAGACUUGCCAAGAGCAUGUUUGCGUGAAACAUCACUUGUUGCUAAAAAAAAAAAAAAAAAAUUUAUAGGGAGCUUCCUUUAAAGUGUUCACAGAAUGUACAGAACUGUGCAGGUGGGUAUGUUUUUCGCUGUUUGACACACAACCAGUAAGCUGUUAUCUGUGUUGUUAGCACGGUCAACCUGCUACAACAUAACUAGCUGGAUGUAGAUGUGAAUGUAAACAUACCUCCUGUAAAGCUAUCAGGUGUUUUAUUUUAAAAUAGACUGGAUGUUCAUUGUGUUCCCAUGUUGGUUCAAUCUGCUCUGUUCAUGUUAGCACAUGCUGGCUGCAGGUAUGCUGCAUAUAGAACUGUCACUUCUUGCAUGCACAUGUUACCAGUUGCAUUGCAUGCUGUGGAAAUCCAAAGAUUAAAUAAGGCUGCAAUUUUUCUGAUUAAAAAAACAUGAGCUUUAAUCUUUAAAUCAGCAGGAUUAUCUCUAAGAGCUAGCCGUCUUUAUGCUAAGAUAACUAGCUUCUGGCUGUAGCUUCAGAUUAAACCUACAAAUGAGAGUGGUAUCGAUACUUUCACACAACUCUGUGCUGAAAGGGAGUAUUUCCCUCAUAAUCUAUGACUAUUUUAACACUAUUUGCUUAGAAUUCUUGUUCUUUUUCCCCCAAAGUUUGUUCUUUUCUUGCAGUAAUCAUUUAAACUGGACCACUUUUAUGUUCUGAGUGUUGAAGUCUGAUUAAAAUAAGUUUUAUCUAUCCUUAAAAUUGAAGCAGACUCUUUUCUGUGUACCUCAGUGUUUUUAUGCAAAUGAAAAACACCCGGGCUAAAAUUGCCUGUCCUCAGCUGCUUUGUAACAGAAGUGGAGGAAGAAUGAGUCCUGGUUAUUCGCUCAUUGCAUCAUACAAAGUUGAAAAGCAAGUUGGAGGUUACUUCUUUUUAAACAGGGCUGCUUUUGAAAAAUAAAUAAAUAAAUUAGAGUCCUGAUUUAAACUUUUAGUCUGGAGGUCUGCAGAACAAAGACGUCAAAGCGGUAUUCAGCUCUAAAUGAUCUCAUUAUUUUUGUCUCCUUUUCCAACCAUCAUCAGACGAAGUAAUUACUGUCUGUUUUGGAGUUGAGAGUUCUCUUUUUAAAUAACUUUUGUCUCGAUCUGUGUCUAAAAACCUCCUCAGUUCAUGAUGUAGCAUUUUUACUGAUUCCCUCCUGACUGUUGUACUUGUUGCCAUUUUCUUGAAUGCCUCAAGUGCUUUCUUACAUUGAAGACUUUCACUUUAUAUCAUGAUUUCCCAGUGUGCAUGUCUUAUUAUUGAUUUUGUGUUGUGAAGCACUUUCCCUUUCAUCAUCAGGUCAAGUGUCCUUGUGAAAUGUGUAACUUUGGGUGCGUGUUGAGUUACAUAGAAUGUAAAAUAACACUGAGUUUGUUAUAAUGAAAGUUUUUUGCUAACACAGCUAACAGACUCCUUUUUAUUGGUGGAAUAAUAACAUCCAAAUGCUGCAUGGACUAUUGCAGGUUAUUGAAAUGUACAUUCUGUUAAAAAAUGUAGUAAUUCUAUGUAUUAUUCUGUCAUUUGCUGUCUACAUAUUGGCUUAAAUUAGAUAUAUUGUGAAUGUUUUUAAUUUUGCCUACAUGUCCUUGUGUUUUCUGUUCUCUGUGGGGAAUAAAAUAAAAACCUCAA